CCCGGAAGUCGCUGCGGCUGCCGCGCGGGCUCGGCUCGCACGGAGAAGCCGCGCUCAGCCCCGCGUUCCUGGGCUCGCCCGGGGCCUGUUUCCUCGGCCCCCACUGGUCCAUGGGUCUCCAUGGCGACGGCAGGGGCCCGGCCCGGGGGCGGGCAGCCCGAGCGGGGUCCCGGCGCUCCGGGGGCCUGUGCGGCAGCGCUGCUGUGUUCGCCGCUGUGGCGGGCGUGUUCACCCUCACGCUGCCCCCCUCGGUGCCGGGGGGAGACUCGGGGGAACUGAUCACAGCCGCACAUGAGCUUGGAGUUGCCCAUCCUCCUGGCUAUCCUUUGUUCACUCUGGUGGCUAAACUGGCCAUUAAACUAUUUCCUUUUGGUUCAGUUGCCUACCGAGUCAAUCUUCUGUGUGGCUUAUUUGGAGCAGGAGCUGCAUCAUUCCUUUUCUUCACCGUUUUCAGGCUUUCUGGCUCCUAUGCUGGAGGAAUCCUUGCUGCGGGGGUGUUUUCAUUUUCUCGUCUAACAUGGCAGUGGUCCAUUGCAGCAGAGGUUUUUAGCUUAAACAAUCUGUUCGUGGGGCUGCUUAUGGCUCUUACUGUACAUUUUGAGGAGGCAGCAACUGCAAAAGAAAGAUCAAAGAUAGCUAAAAUUGGUGCUUUCUGCUGUGGCCUUAGCUUAUGUAACCAGCACACAAUAGUACUCUAUGUUUUGUGCAUAAUACCGUGGAUUCUUUUUCGACUUUUAAAAGAAAAGGAAAUCUCCCUGGGUUCUUUGUUGAAGUUGAGCUUGUACUUCUCAGCUGGUCUGCUGCCCUAUGUCUAUCUUCCUAUCUCAUCCUACGUCAAUCAAGCCCGCUGGACCUGGGGAGACCAGACAACAUUGCUAGGAUUUUUGACUCAUUUUCUCAGAGAAGAAUAUGGAACAUUCAGUCUGGCCAAAUCUGAAAUAGGAUCCAGUAUGUCUAAAAUUUUACUUUCUCAAGUAACAAAUAUGAGGACCGAACUCUCAUUGAACAUUCAAGCCCUUGCAGUUUGGGCAAAUAUAUGUUUAGCAAGAAAGGACAGACAGAACCCAUCAUUAGUAUGGCUUUUUACUGGAAUGUUUUGCAUUUAUUCAUUGUUCUUUGCUUGGAGGGCAAAUUUAGAUAUUUCAAAACCACUUUUCAUGGGUGUGGUGGAAAGGUUCUGGAUGCAGAGCAAUGCGGUGGUGGCUGUCCUCGCCGGCAUCGGGCUGGCUGCUUUGGUUUCUGAGAGUAACCGAGUGCUGAACACCAACGGGCUUCAGUGUCUGGAAUGGCUUUCAGCAACUCUUUUUGUGAUUUACCAAAUAUAUUCCAAUUACAGCAUUUGUGACCAAAGGACCAAUUAUGUGAUCGAUAAAUUUGCAAAGAACCUUCUAGCCUCUAUGCCUCAUGAUGCAAUUAUCUUACUCAGAGGAGAUCUGCCAGGAAAUUCUCUCCGCUACAUGCAUUAUUGUGAGGGACUGAGGCCAGAUAUUUCAUUAGUGGAUCAGGAAAUGAUGACAUAUGAGUGGUAUUUACCCAAGAUGGCAAAACAUUUACCAGGUGUCAACUUUCCUGGGAACCGGUGGAAUCCUGUGGAAGGAAUAUUACCUAGUGGAAUGGUCACAUUUAAUCUUUAUCAUUUUCUUGAAAUAAAUAAACAAAAACAAACAUUUGUUUGCAUAGGAAUUCAUGAAGGUGACCCAACCUGGAAAAAGAACUAUUCACUUUGGCCAUGGGGUUCUUGUGACAAAUUAGUUCCUUCAGAGAUUGUAUUCAACCCUGAGGAAUGGAUUAAACUUACAAGAAACAUCUAUAACUGGACUGAAGAAUAUGGACGGUUUGAGCCAUCUUCUUGGGAAUCUGUGGCCAAUGAGGAGAUGUGGCAAGCAAGGAUGAAAACACCAUUCUUCAUUUUUAACCUGGCAGAAACUGUGAAAAUGCCUUCAAAUGUGAAAGCUCAACUCUACACUCAUGCAUAUGACCUUUAUAAGGAGCUUGUCUCUUCGCGGAAGGAGCACCCAGUGAACUGGCACAAGAACUACGCCAUCGCCUGCGAGCGGAUGCUGCGCCUCCGGCCGAGAGGCGCGGACCCCGAAGUCUUGUUGUCUGAAACCAUCCGACAUUUCCGUCUCUACACCCAGAAAGCACGGAAUGAUCCACAACUGGCUGAUAUUUCCGUUGCUCUGAAACACCUAAGAAAUGAACUGCAAAGUCUGAGAAAUAGGAAAAAUGUCUGAGACAGCAAAAUGGGAAAAAACGUGCUCCUUAUUCUGCUUCUGAAAUUCUGAGGUCCAAAAGUUUUCCUCCAAGAAAAGAAACUGUAUCAAAAAUUGAAGACUAGGUCACCUCCCAGGCAGCAGUACUGGCACAGCAGUACUGUUUCAUUGGGGGGGUAUUAGUGACGGAGGUGUGCUAUUUAUGCAAAUUCUGUUUAUCCCAUGUUACCAAAUGAGCAGUUCAGUAAGAAUCUUUCCAAAAUUCUUCCUACUUCCACAGUCUUUCAUCUAAUGACGUUGCUUGAUUGGAUUCUAAAAGAGAAUGGACUCUUUUCAUAUACUUAAAAUGUUGAUCAUCAAUCUUUUAAGGGUCCUGCUUAUUGGGAUCAAUCUUGAAGGUGAAAUUCUUAAAACAUUAAUACUAGACCAAAGACAUUUUCUGUUUUCCAAAAGUGAAUUUUUUUUUAAAGAAUGAAUCUUGUUAUGUUACAAGUUAGAAUUCCUUUUUUUUCCCUUUGCGUAGCUGUGGUUGUUACACAAUCUCAUGCUGCAAGCUAAAUACCAACUGGAUGAUAGUUUGAACAAAGUUGGGAUUUUACUGUCUUAGAUAAUUCUCAGAAAGCACUGAAAAACAAAGCUAAUUCGUUGUCUGCUUUUUUUUCAGUUGCAUAAACUGAUUGGCAAGUAAAAAGGAUUUUGCAUUUCUUCAAUUAAUUUUAUAUUUAUGUUUUACUUCUAUUUGGACUCACAAAUCUGUGCCCAAUAAUAAGUAGGCUC